AUGCAUACACCAUUACGACGUGUUCGCCAUAGUAUCGAUAUACUACAAAAGAAUUUCUAUGAAUAUCAUCACGAUUCGGGUCAUUCAUUGUCAAGUAAGAAAAUCCAGUCAUCCCAACGAUGUCAAAAACUCCUUCAGCUAAUUGAAGAAUCAUGUAUGAUCAUUCAAGCUUUGUUUGUUCGCUUUAUAUUUAUUUUUUCGACUAUCAUUGCUGUCUGGCGACUUGUCGAAGAAACGAAUCAGACACACUAUUGGUAUUUACUUUUACUACUCAUUUUUCUUCUCAUUGAAACCUAUGCGACUGUUUACACACGGAAAGGAUACGAAUACAAAUGGUUCUGUCCAUCCGCACUUGCCUACCUUUGUGCUAUUGUACCAUGUAUAUGGUUAUUAGAACUAAAUCAAAGUUAUGAUUCCUUGUUGAUAACCAACCAAACCAUGAUAUCACUGCCGAUUCGUGAACAACGCGUAUCUACUAGUGCGACACUAGCAGAUCUAGUUGACUCCGUUGAGAAUUCAAGUCAUUCGAAUGAAACAGAUCUCCCGGACGAACUUCAGCAUCUACGGCGGCGAAAGCGUCUUCUUUCAACGAUGUUAACUGCAACAAAAAAGCCCGAUCUAUCAAUAGACGAUGUCCUGAAAACAACCCAAGAUAUUCUAAUCAAAUUAAAUAAGCAUUUAACCAUCAGAGAAUGGCAUAUGAUUAUCGAACAAAUGACCUUGCUCGUACUUAUUUUAAGUCGUUGGUUAUUACCAAAAGGUAAAAUCAAAUAUACCGAACGAGUUUAUAAUGCAUGUAUGGAAGCAUUUGAUUGUUUGCCAUUAGCGGCACUGAUGAAUGGUCAGUUCCUCUGUGUACAUGGCGGUCUUUCGCCUGAAAUUCAUACCCUCGAAGAUAUCAAGAGACUAGAUCGAUUUAAAGAACCACCACCGUAUGGACCAAUGUGCGAUCUAUUAUGGUCGGAUCCAUUGGAAGAUUAUGGCGUGGAGAGAACGACUGAGCAGUAUAGUCACAAUACAGUACGAGGAUGUUCAUAUUUUUAUAGUUAUGCUGCUUGUUGUGAUUUCUUGCAAAAUAAUCAAUUAUUAUCAAUAAUUCGAGCUCACGAAGCCCAAGAUGCGGGUUAUCGUAUGUAUAAGAAGUGUCAGAGUACAGGAUUUCCAAGUUUAAUUACAAUAUUUUCUGCACCCAACUAUCUCGAUGUGUACAAUAAUAAGGCUGCCAUACUCAAAUAUGAAAAUAACGUGAUGAAUAUCCGUCAGUUUAACUGUUCACCUCAUCCUUAUUGGUUACCAAACUUCAUGGAUGUUUUUACGUGGAGUCUGCCGUUCGUUGGCGAGAAAGUAACGGAAAUGCUUGCUAAUAUUUUAAAUAUUUGUUCGGAUGAAGAGUUGGAAAAUGAUGGUACGCCGACCGAUGAAGCUGAUGUGAUGACUGAAGCUGCAUUAGCUGCACGUAAAGAAGUGAUACGUAAUAAAGUGCGAGCUGUUGGCAAAAUGGUUCGUUAUUUUGCAACACUAAGAGAGCAAAGCGAAGAUAUUCUAACACUGAAAGGACUUACCGCAGGUGGAACGUUACCAUUAGGAACGCUAGAAGGUGGUAAAACAGCUAUCGAACAAGCUAAACAAUUAAUUGCAAAUAAGAAACGUAUCUCAUUCGAAGAAGCUAAACGAUUAGAUAAGAGUAAUGAAAGCAUGCCACCGUGGCAACAACUUCAUCCGUCUUCAUCGGGCUUAACAUCGGGUGUGGGUUCAAGUGGUACUGCAUCGUCGAAUAGCGGCGCAUCAUCACCACGUAUUGUCGGCACGUCAACAAUGUCCUCGUCUGUCUCAUCCAUAUCUUCAUCACCUGUCAAUACUCUCGCGGAUGCUUCGUCGGGUGUGACAACAAAUUUAUUGAUUGAUUCAACUAAUACCAAUUGUAAUGGGAAUGAGAGAACAUCUGGACGAACGGGAAGUGAUUCGUCGAAAAAUGCUUAUCGAACGAAGUGA